CCCAGCCCCUGCUCGCCUCCAGCCUGCCGGCGGGUGCAGCCCAAUGGAGCCCUCUCCGCUGGGCGCGGAUCUCCAGCCGCGGCAGCCUUAGGUGAACCCCGCCCGGAGAGGGCGCAGCAGCAGCUUUCCACUGCCCGAGGCGGGGCGGGGGGGGGGGGCUGCUGGCGGCGGCGGCGGCUCGGAUUGGAUUGCAGCAGCAGCCCGCCCGCAUCCCGGGCAUCCUGGUCCCCCGGCGGCUGCUGCUCAUGGGGAGGGGAAGGAAGCGCCUCCUUCUCCUCCUCUGCCCCUUCCUGCCUGCGGGGAGAGCGCCGCCGCCGCCGCCGCCACCACCACCACGGCCGGGCCGGGCUGGAGCGAGCGAGUGAAGCCGACCGGAGGAGCAGCAGCAGCAGCAGCAGCAAAGGAGGGGGGCGAGGACGCCGACUGACCAGUGGCCUCUCCAGCCGCGGUGGCGGUAGCCUGCAGCCCCCGGCCGGGCCCACCUCCAGCCGGGAGGGAGCGGCCGCCCCCCGAGCCCCAGUCCUCCUCCUCUUCCUCGGAGAGCGGCGUCCCCCCGGAGGCCGCCUGCGGCCAGCCCGCUCCCCGGGGCCCUCCCUCCGCCGACGCCCGCCUCUAUGAGGCUCCUCUCGGCAGGAGGCAAGGAGGAGGAAGGAAGCCACUGCUGGCCCCCGCCGCCGCCGCCUCCCCGCCGGCAGGGCCCGACUCAGGGAAGAAGAUGUCUUUGCGGACCGCGCUGGCGUCUGGCAACGAGCGCAACGCCGAGCCGCAUCAGCGCUGCCCCGUGGUGACUCUUGACGCCGCCCCCGCCCCGGUGACGCCCCCGCUCUCCCCGCAGCCCUCCACCCUGGCCAGCAGCCGCUCCGAGAAGGGCUCGUCAUGGUCCAGCCGCUCGCUGGGCGCCCGCUGCCGCAACUCCAUCGCCUCCUGCGCCGACGAGCAGCCCCACAUCGGCCACUACCGGCUCCUCAAGACCAUCGGCAAGGGCAACUUCGCCAAGGUCAAGCUGGCCCGGCACAUCCUGACCGGCAGAGAGGUGGCUAUAAAAAUAAUCGACAAGACACAGCUGAACCCGACAAGCCUUCAGAAGCUCUUCCGGGAAGUGAGGAUUAUGAAGGGUCUGAAUCACCCCAAUAUCGUGAAACUCUUUGAGGUGAUCGAGACGGAGAAGACCCUCUACCUGGUGAUGGAGUAUGCUAGUGCAGGAGAAGUCUUUGACUACCUCGUUUCCCAUGGACGCAUGAAGGAGAAAGAAGCACGGGCCAAGUUCCGACAGAUUGUCUCGGCUGUACAUUAUUGUCACCAGAAGAACAUUGUACACAGGGACCUGAAGGCUGAAAACCUCUUGCUGGAUGCUGAUGCCAAUAUUAAGAUUGCCGACUUUGGCUUCAGCAACGAGUUCACGCUGGGCUCCAAGCUGGACACCUUCUGUGGGAGCCCCCCCUACGCCGCCCCAGAGCUUUUCCAGGGCAAGAAGUAUGACGGGCCCGAGGUGGACAUCUGGAGCCUUGGGGUGAUCCUCUACACGCUCGUCAGCGGCUCCUUGCCUUUUGACGGGCAGAACCUCAAGGAGCUGCGAGAACGUGUGUUGCGUGGCAAGUAUCGCGUCCCCUUCUACAUGUCCACUGACUGUGAGAACAUCCUGAGGCGCUUCCUGGUGCUGAACCCUGCCAAGCGCUGCACGCUCGAGCAAAUCAUGAAGGACAAGUGGAUCAAUAUCGGGUACGAGGGGGAUGAGCUGAAGCCCUACAAAGAGCCUGAAGAGGACUUCACGGAUGCCAAGCGCAUCGAAGUGAUGGUGACCAUGGGCUACACCCGCGAAGAGAUCAAGGAAGCCCUGACCAGCCAGAAGUACAACGAGGUCACCGCCACCUACCUCCUGCUGGGCAGGAAGAACGAGCAGGUGGAAGGGGGCGAAUCCCGCACGGGCAGCAGCCUCUCUCUGGCUCGGGUGCGGGCGCCCAGCGAGGCCUCCAAUGGCACCAGCAAGUCGUCCUCGCACUCCAAGGGUCAGCGAAGCUCCUCGGCCUAUCACCGGCAGCGGCGGCACAGCGACUUCUGCGGCCCCUCGCCAGUGCCCACGCACCCCAAGCGGAGCCCCACCAGCACCGGGGACGGGGAGCUGAAGGAGGAGCGGAUGCCCUCCCGGAAGGCCAGUUGCAGUGUGGUGGGCAGCGGGCGAGGCAUCCCCCCCUCCAGCCCCAUGGUCAGCAGCGCCAACAACCCCAACAAAUCGGAGAUCCCCGACCGGCGCAAAGACAGCGCUGUCAACACAAACAACAUUCCUGCGAGUAUGAUGACCCGGAGGAACACGUACGUGUGCACGGAGAGGCCAGGAGGGGAUCGCCACUCUCUGCUCCAGAACGGGAAGGAAAACAGCUCCAUCGCCAGCCGGGUGCCCCCCGCCUCCCCCUCCAGCCACAGCAUCGCCACGUCAUCCACCUCUUCGGACCGGACCCGGCUGUCCCGUGGCACCAACAUCCGCAGCACUUUCCAUGGGGGCCAAGUGCGGGACCGGCGUGGUACCGGCGUGCAGAACGGGCCCCCCACCUCCCCCACGCUCUCUCACGAAGCCACCCCUCUGCCCCAGAGCCGCAGCCGGGCCACCUCCAAUCUCUUCAGCAAACUCACGUCGAAACUCACGCGGAGGGUCGCAGACGAACCUGAGAGAGUCAGGGGACCUGCGCUCACAAGUUGCAAUCUACCUUGGAAUCAAAAGGAAACAGAACCCCGGCUGCUCCGAUUUACCUGGCAUGUGAAGCUGACCAGCACCCACUCAGCCGAGGCCAUCCUGGCCGCCCUCCGCCAGGCCACGGACUCCACCAACUGCUGCUGCCGCCAGACGGAGCCCUUUGUCCUCUCCUGCACCCACGAGAAGAGCCCCAGCGAGCACUUCUGCUGCUUCGAGGUGGAGGUGUGCCGCUUGCAGCGCCUGGGGGGCCUCCAUGGCGUCCUCUUCCGGCGCCAGGCUGGUACCUCCCUGGCCUUCCGCAGCCUAGUGGCCAAGAUCUCGGACCAGCUGCAACUCUAGGGGGGCUCCCCUGCGCCACCGGACCCACAGACGGGGGGCCUGGCUCUCGGCUGCCACCAGCCCGUCCCUGCAGCUCCAGGAGCCCCUCGGCCGCCCCGCCCUGCCCUGCUGCCCACGAGCUGCUCCGGAGGGGGCUCGGCCCACCUGCCAGCUGUGCCGGGGGGGGGGUGUUGCCCCCACCCCAGUUGCCUUGUGGGAGGCACUUCUCCCUUGCUAGCUCACACGAGCCCCAUGGGAUUCUCCAGUGCCAGGAACGAGAGGGGGAGCUUCUGGGUCUGCCUUUGGGGAGGGGGCUGUUGUGCUUCCCCCCCCCCCCGUGGCAGGAAGGCGACAGGGGGUCUCUGGCCAAGGGUGGCCUGCUGUCAGCCCCCUUCUGGCUUGCUUGCUCCCUCCUCCAGAGCGAGGGAGUGAGUAAUAAGGCCCCCCCAUCCGUCCAUUUGCAUCUGUCAAUUCAUUCAGCUCCAGAAAUGUAAACCAGUUCAGUUGCCAAUCGGGGAUGGUGUUUCUUUGUUCCAGUUCGGGGCGGGGGGGGGGGCGUGAGGGGGUCCAGGGCAGAGCACCGCUGUGGCUCCACUUCUGGUUCGGCUCCGCGCCUCCGUGGGGCGCAUGUCUUGGGAAGCAGCGGCAGGCCGCCCCCACCAAGCUCAAGGCCUUUCAGCCGCCCACCCUGCCCCGAUAUCCCCGAAAGCAGCCCGGGGAGGGGCGGGGGGCGGGCAAAUGCAUCUGGCUGCGCUUGGAGCGGCCAGGUGGAGAAGCCCGACUCGGGGAAGGGUUCCCGGUUCCGUGGGUGAGGCAAGGGCCAGCCCUCGGGGGUGAGCAAAGGAGGCACUUGGGGCCCCAUCCGGUGGGCUUCCAUGGGUGCGCAGCCCCUGGCGCAGGGGUGCUGGCGGGAGUCCCCCUGGGCCGCUCCGGCAUGGAGGAAGGGCCUCCCUCCCUCCCUCCCUCCGGGCUGUGUUUCCAGAGGCGCCCUGGGUCUGCUGGCGGGCGGAUGUUUUGCUCAGUGCACCCGCCAAGCCUGGAGGGGCGGGCAGGCCCCCCCAUCGUCAUCGCGCACCUCUCCCCGUGGCUGGACUGGAAGCGCCCCAGCCCUGAGGGCGCCCCCCCCCCACCCCACCCAAGCACGGAGGCUGGGCCUCCCGGUUGCUGCAAGGGCUCCGAGCCAUCGUGCCGACAGCCAGACCCUGCUUCCAGCCGGACGCCUUGGCCGCUCCGCUCCGCUCCGAAGGGGUGGCGGGAGGGGACGCGCCCAGGCAGAGCACACCGCCACUCCCCGCGCAGCGGGCGGACGGACCGCGCGCACAGCAGACUGAUGGCUCCGGGCAGCAGGGAGAGGACAAGGGGCCGGCCGGGCUGAGGAUGGAGGUCUGGGCUCAGAGGGUGGCGGGGCGGGGGGGAGGGCGGCUGGGCUUGGGGAGGUCUCACUCCAGUCCCGGGGAGCGGGGAGGAUCACUGGAGCUUGUGGUUCUACAUUGGGCAGCUCUGGUGGGGAAAAUCAAGUGGGUUUCCUUCCUUCCUUCCUUCCCCACCUCCUCCUCCUCCUCCUCUCUCCACUCAGCCCCUCUUCUGUGAGUUUGACCUUCCCCUGCCCCCCAGCCCCUGCCUGUGUGGCCUCCCCCCACCCCUCUGUACAGACUUCCUUGUAAAUACUAGCCCAGGUAGCCCCUAUAUCACUGGGUAGAGAUGUCGACAAGCAAGCCCUUCGCCUUGGGACGAGCGUAAGUUAUUUCCGCCCCCGAGCAACGGUCUGUACCGAACCCUUAAUAAACGUAGGAAGCCCUCCC